AUGGAACCAAUUCCACCAUCUAAUGGCAAUAAAAACAAUUCAAUGGAUAAACAACCACAACAACCACAACAACCACAACAGCAACAGCAACAGCAACAACAACAAAGAAGAGAUCAAAGAAAUUCAAAAUUAAACGAAUUAAAUGAAACAGAACGUGUUAGAAAUCGUUUCAUUUCACAUGAAUUUCAUAAAUUAGAUAGAACUAAAUCACGUAUUGAUGCACCAAAGAUAUCAUUCUCUGAUAGUGAAUCAGAAUCCGACAGUGAAUUCUUUCUUGCAAAGAGAAAUACAAACAACAAUAAUCAAAACAACACUAGUCCAACCUUUUCAUCAGCAAAUGGUAAACAAUCAAAUUUAACUCAAAGAAAGAUCAAUACACAAAUUCAAUCAAAACAACCAACUAAUAAUAAUGUUCAACCAUUAACUGAUGAUGAAGGUACCAUCAACCACAGCAACCACCACCACCACCACCACAAUCAAAAUAAUAAUGGUAAUAACAACAAUAAUAAUAAUAAUAACAAUAAUAAUAAUAAGAUCUCAACACCACCAAAACAAGAAGAAAAAAUGACAAUGAAUGGUUUAUUCACACUUCGUCCAUCAAUUCUUAGUAGUGAAUCAAAUGGUUCAUCUUAUAGAGGUUUCUUAAAUUUAUUAUUAAUUUUAUUAAUUACUGCAAGUUUUAGAUUAGUAAUUUUAAAUCAUUUAUUAUAUGGUAUUAGAAUUAAUUUAGAUUUAUACAAGAUAUCAGAAUAUCAUAGAUGGCCAGGUGUAAUGAUAAGUUUAAUGAUAAAUCUAUUUAUUAUUGCAGCUUAUUUAAUAGAGAAAGCAGCAGCAAAACAAUUGUUACCAGAUCGUAUUUGUUAUUUACUUCGAAUUAUAAAUUGUGCAGCUGUGAUUAUAGUACCAUCAGGUUCGAUCAUUGCAUUCUCACCGAAUCCAGCAUCUGGUAUCAUCGUUAUGAUUUUGAUUUGCACAUUCAGUAUGAAGAUCAUUAGUUAUGCCUAUGAGAAUAGUAAACAACGUAAAUUGAAUCCUGACAAUAAGAAAUUUGUAAUCGAUCCAACCAAUACUUCAAUCUAUCCAAAUAAUCUAUCACUUCGUAGUACCUAUUGGUUCAUGUUGGUACCAACUUUAGUAUACCAAUUAAGUUAUCCACGUUCUCCAAAGAUUAGAAAAGGUUAUCUACUUAGAAGAAUCGUUGAGGCUUUAUCUCUCUCUCUCUUAAUACUUUGGAUGGUUAAUCAAUAUAUGUUACCAUUAGUUCAAAAUAGUAUUGAACCUUUAGAAAAGAUUGAUAUAGUUUUAAUUGUUGAAAGAAUUAUGAAAUUAUCUUUACCAAAUUUAUAUGUUUGGUUAUUAGGAUUUUAUGUGUUUUUCCAUUUAUAUUUAAAUAUUGUUGCAGAGAUUACAAGAUUUGGUGAUAGAGAAUUCUAUAGAGAUUGGUGGAAUAGUACAGGUUUAGAUUAUUUUUGGAGAACGUGGAAUAUGCCUGUUCAUCAUUGGAUGGUAGUUUUAAUUUAUACACCAAUGAGAAGAAGAGGUUUCAGUAAAAAUAUGGGUUAUUUCAUGUGUUUCUUUGUAUCUGCUAUUUUCCAUGAAUUAGUUAUUAGUAUUCCUUUCCAUUCUUUAAAAUUAUGGGGUUUCUUUGGUAUCAUGAGUCAAAUGGUUUUAAUUGCAUUAACUAAAAAUUUGAUGAAUGGUAGAAACUUGGGAAAUGUAAUUUUCUGGAUAUCAAUCGUACUUGGCCAACCAUUAGUUGUUUUAUUAUAUUAUCGUAACUUUGUUUUAGAGAAUCCAGAAUGGUAUAGAAAUGUUGAACCACCAACUUCACCACCUGUAAUGCCAUUUUAUUAA